UGUCACAUGUCACUUUUUGUGUGUAUUAAUAAAUAGUCUUAAUCUAUUCUUCUAUUCUAUCUAAAUUUAAUUUAUACGUAUUUUGUUUUGUGGAUUGUCGUAUUUGAUCGAAGAUGUAUAUAUCACAAGUUUUAAAUAUUAACCAUUUUAUAUAGUUUGGUUGUGUUAGAAAAUAUUUAUCUCUAAAUAAUACGUUCCCUAUAUCAUGGAGGCCAAUUUACCUUUUUACAGUGUGCUAUGUGCGGAUGGGGAGUCUUCUGAAUUGCAACAUGGCCUCCAGGCCAGUGGGUCACUUUUGGGCACAGAUGAUGUCUUGGCGCAGUUGUUACCAGGAGAUGAGCCUUUGGAAGAGCCAGACUUAAACGGGCCCACAACUUUACACUGUGAAAUUUGUGGGAAGCGGUUUGACAAUGCAACAAAAUAUUAUGGACACCUGAAGGCACAUUCUAAAGGAAAUCAAUGGGUUUGUGAUAAGUGCCCCAACCAAAAGUUCUCAACUAAACAACACCUCAUGAAGCAUAGUCUAACCCAUAAACCUUUGGAGAGGGUGUGGAAAUGUCUGCAGUGUUCAAUGGCUUUCGAAGCUCUCUGGAGACUUCAGCAACAUCUGUUUGCAAAACACCUUGGUUAUAGACCACAUAAAUGUGACAAAUGUGAUAAAUCAUUCCACAAACUGUCUGAUUUAAAAAAGCAUAAAGAUGUACAUGAUAAUAUCAAGAGGCAUGCAUGUAAGUACUGUGAUAUGCAUUUCAAAGAUAAGUCCAACUUGAAACGCCAUAUACUCACUCACACUAAUGAAAAACCAUACUGCUGUCCAGGAUGUGGAAAUAAGUUUAAACAGUUGGCAUCACAAAAACGUCACCUGCAGAAGUGUGCAUUAAACAAGUACAUCAAUGUGGAACCAACCAACAGUGCUACUAGGAAGAAUUACUGUCGUGUUUGCGGUAUGGCAUUUCAAUAUAAAAGCAGUUUAUUGGAACAUUGUGUUCGGCAACAUAGUAACACAGCAAGUGAGUUACCUAAACAAGAGAAAGUAUCCAUAAUAAACACAGAUGCAAAUGGAACAGAUGACAAUAUUGUAGAUGACAUCCUAUCCGCUGAGGAUGACUAUAUGAGAAUGUCUUCACAAAACAUGUAUAAUAAUCAAAAUGAUGUUGACAUCAAUGCUGAUAACCAAAUGCAGAUAGAGUUCCUCAAAGAAAUGAAUCAGUUGCGCAUAUUGGAUGACGAGUUAUUCUACAAUGACAUAGACAUUGAUAGUUUUCAAAGUAAUCAAAUAUUCAAUAUGAACAUGAGUCUUGUGGAUUAUGGUGCUAAUGAUAAGAAUGGAGAGGUGCUGUUUGAUUACAUAGAAAGUGGUAGAAGUAUAGACCAAGAUUUAAUGAAUGCAUUCUACCAAGUUAAAGAACAUUUACCAGAUGAAUUUUUGAAUGCAACUGACACAAAUAUGUUUCCCAGUAAAAGUGAUUUACCAGUGAAUCCUGCUGUUUCUGUUAACGAAUGUGCAACUAUAUUUGAGAGUGAUGUGGAUCUAGAAGCAAGCACUAAUCUAGCGGCAAAUUUGAAUCAAUUAAUAGGUGAAAAUAAUGUACAAUAUAUAUCAACAGAGGAUGAUGACACUUUUAUAAUAAGUUUGAACAGUGAAGUGGAUGCUGAGCAGUUAACUGAUAUGCUGAACAUUGGUGUGGAACUUGAUGGUGACAAUAAUAAUAGUGAAGCAGAAACAACUACAGACUUCACAAUUAAAGAGGAAAAACCAAUUGUGGUCAAAAUAGAAGAACCCAAUAUAACCACUGAAGUUGCUGCAGUGACUGUAAAAAGUGACAAGGUAGAUAAUAAAAAAACCAAAGCCAAAGGGAAGAAGUGGAUGUUGUUUGUAUGUGGGACAUGUAACAAAAUAUUUAAUAAGAAAGACAACUAUAAGUCACAUUUGGCGCUGCACGGCGGCGCGCGGCGGCACGUGUGCGGCGUGUGCGGCGCGCGGUUCGGCUACCGCUCCACGCUCACCAAGCACGAGGCCGCCGCCCACCGGCCGCGAGUGCUGCCCGCGCACCCUUGCCAGCGUUGCGGCCGCCACUUCAGCGCCAACUGGAUGCUGAAAGUGCACAUAGAGCGUGACCACGAGAAACUAACACCACACGUCUGUGAUGAAAAGGACUGUGGCAGGAAAUUUUACAAGAAAUCGGAUCUCGUCGUCCACCAAAGGUACCACACGGGCGAGCGUCCGUACUCUUGCGAGAUCUGCCGCGCUUCGUUCCCGCACGUGUCGCACCUCCGCCGACACCAGCGCUCCGUCGACUGCACCAAGCAUGCUCGUAAACGUUAAGAACUACACAGUAUUACAAGUUCUACCUCAAUAUAGGUAGCCACAGGAAAACUCGAUACUUCUGUGAUAAUAAAUUUAUUAUUUUAGUGUAGUGAAUUAAACAUAUGGAAAUCAAAUAAAAGAAUUAUGUACAAAGAU